AUGUCAAAUCGAUUGUCUGCUCAAAGGGCCAGGAUGAGGAAGGUUGAAUACACAACUAAGUUGGAAAAAGAGGUCAAACAUCUUCAGGAUACAAUAGCUUUGAUGCGACCAAUAAUGGAAAAUGCAAAAGACAGUAAAAAGAAGUUGCAGCUAGAGAAUAAAAUAUUGCAACAACAAUUGGAUUGCCUCAGUAACAAAUCUAAUUUACGUGCAGUGCAAACUGAAGAGUUGAAAGUUGAAUUGAAGAGGCUUAAGGAACUUGCAAAGACUCAGGAAGCUGAAGAGCAUAUGGAAACCGAGGGACAAAGUUCCCACUCUUAUGAUCAUGAUGUCUCAGAAUUAGCUGCAGAUAUAUAUAGACGUGGACCAGUAUCUCAACUUAGACAACAUCAACUUUUCCCCAUCUAA